CAGCCACAGAGUCCACACUACAGCACUGGCAGUGUCGCAGACCGUAAGCGACGUGCUUUAGCUCGCAUGCUAGAGCAGACCGGAUUGGAUGUUGUGCUUUCCGGAGGAUCACAACUGAUGGAUACCAGACACCUCUUGGCAAAUUUAGAUCUGAAUUCACCGGCUGUGCGCGCUUUGAAGUACAAUUCGUCCUAUGGAGGGUCUGACUCAGUGUCCAAGUUUGCCAUUGGCUUUGAUGAAGAAGCAAAAGACGAUUUGGAUCAUCGCGAGAAGUUCUCAGGCAUCGACGUCUCUCCAGUGGGAUCAUUGUAUCGUAGGAAACGGGAAUCGACUGCGCUCGACAGCAGUCCUCGAAGAGAUCCUGGAGGAGGGGACAUCUUCAAUAUUGCUAGUGGCGGUCCUCCUGCGGGGACUUCGAACAUCAAUACUAGUGCAGCCCCUCAAGAAGGUAAUGAACAAAAGAAGUCGCCCGGUGCGUCUCCUGCAACAGAACCUGCAACGCAUCUUCCGGGAGCUACAGCGUCGUCGAAUAAUGAGGUUGAGCAGAGUACUAGAUACCCCAAACCUGAGAUUGGUCUUUACCUGGACAGAAGGAAGUUUCCUGCUCUGCUUGGCCAAAAGCCGAUUCCUCGGAUCAUAGAGGACGAGUAUGCUUUUAAAGUAGCUGAGCCGGAAGUGGACUUGCAUUUGAUUCAGAACGAUCUGCUUUCCCCAGUUAUGGCUUGCCUUACAAUAUAAAAAAGAUUCAUGAUCUACUUGGAAGAGGCAUCCUUUCAGUACCUACUGUGUUUCCUAGUAAUUUCUCAAAGAGGUGUAUCUUUGACUUUGACGUGCUUUCCAAAAAACAAAUAUUCACCACUCUAAUCCAGAAGAGGUGAAUUUCUUCCGGAAUGCAAGACUUUUUUUGGACUUUAUUGGGGAGCCAAAGCUAGUGGGUGCUUCGGGUGGACAGACGUCAUCUAUGGACAAAAUGGAUAAUCAGGACAGGAAAAACGAUGCUGGCGUUGAUGUUGAGAACAAGGCUGAUGUCGAUGGUGGGGAAAAAGAGGGAGACGCUGGCGCAUGCGAAAAUGCAAGUGGUGAACAGGAAUCUGGUGAGCAAACAGCAGUGUGUGAAAAAGGCGAAACUAGUGGAGAUAAAGCGGCAAGAGAUGAUGUCGAAAAUCUAGACGCACAACGACAAAGAGACGAUGGAGACAAUAAAGAUGGAGACAAUAAAGAUGUUGAGUCUACCAUGACGCCUUCAACAGCUGGUGCACAAGAUAAAGGUAAAGGGAAUGGAGCUACGAAGCUAGCUACUCUUUCCGACACUCCGUUUCUUUCCCGCCGUGCUGAUUGGCCAUUCGAGCUUCUUGCUUUGCAGCAGUGCGCCGCUCGUUUGCCACCUGGCUUCGACGCUGAGUUCGCCGAUGAUGAAUCUCCCUACCUCCGCAAUCGGGAAAAGCGGUCCAGCUUUUUGGAGUUUUUUGAAAUCCGACGUAAAGAUAGCUGUUUAGAAGCGUCGAACACGAGAGAUCAGCACUUCUUCUUGAAAGCCGCAGCUCCAUUUGCUCUGACGUCCUCGGCUCAGGGAGGAGGAGGUGGAGGGUCCUCGGCGUCUGGAACGACAUCGCUUGCUACACACUCGCAUUUAGAUCCGAGUUGCUCGAUCGAUGCGCCACGAGCUCUGACUGCAGAGGAAGCGAGAGAGACUGCGCAAGCCCUGCAGUAUUUUCCGACGCACAAGCAGUGGCACGGGUGGAUGAGGGUCGAGACGACACUGCAAUUCAAUUGUUUAGGGGACUUUCUACAACGCGACGUCCCAGACCUAAGUCUGAACCAGCCAGAUCCGAUUGCCUUGGAACUCGCUCACCGCGCAAGGGCUCUGGAGCACGCACGCGACGUGUUUAAUUUUUCUCUGCGAAGACUGCAUCAAGCGUUUUUUCCGCAGGAAGCGUUGGGGAUGCGAGGGUCUAGAAACGAUCAGGGUUUAAAUCCUAAACCUCCGAUACCUGCUUGUUUGCUAGUGACCAACGAGAUGAAGAAGGCUCUCACACUUACGGUGACACUUGUUUUAGUCACAAACUCAUCCUGAUCUUGAGAAUAGACAGCAUCUUAUAAAUACUUCUUUGACACGUAACAGAUAUUUUUUCAAGUAGGUAAUUUUGUCUCCCAGAGGACUCCGCUCAGGCAUAACAGAGGCACACAUAUGACAGGGGCUAGAAGCAAAAUGGUGUCAAAGAUGCGCCUAUUUAGUUUUUUUUAUGAUGGAUUUUUUAAAAAAUAUAGGGAUCUCCACGCUUCUUGUGUUUUUCCUAGUUAGGUCUCCCUCAUGAUUCCUAGCUUAGUCCCUCAAAUCAAACAAAAAUAUAGGGAAGGUCCUCCUCUUCUAAGACAUUGCGGGUUUUAGAAGCGAGCGCAGCAAUCGUAUGCCACGUGCCAGCUGGUAGCAAGAGGAUGAGUUGCGAAUUCAUUGUUGACAACUUCAAGUCUCCUCCUCCUACAAGCCUGGUAGGAAACAAUAGUGUAGUCGCGAAUGCUUCUGCUCUCCAGAAUUCUACUGGGAGUACAAAUACUUCUGGUUCUGCUCUCCAGAUGAACUCUGCCCGUCUGAAGCCCCUAGUCGGCAUGCAGGUAGGCGUUUUCACUCCCGGCGCGAAGGAGCCACUGGUUACGAUAGAGCUGAGGCCAGACGGCAUCUACGGUAUGGGCUUGCACAUGGUGAACCACGUGCAAUUAAGCGAUGACUUGAUCGAGUGUUGUACUUCGCCAAAGGGCAAAGCAGUGACUGGGGAACUUUUGCGCGCUGUAAUCACGCACGAAGGCAAUGCAGUGGCCAACGCGAUUCGGGAACCAGUAAUGAGAACAUUCCGCGAAAACAAAGGGGGAAGCAAGAAAUCUUCGAAAAGGGACAAUACGAGGACCAAACAAGAUCAACAUAGUACACCAGCAACAACGACAACAUCAUCGAGUGGGAAGCUAAGGGUCUGUGGAUUCGUGCCUGUUUGUGCCGAGAGAGAUUUUGUGGACGACUUGUGUUAUUACAGUGGUGAGCGGCCCCACUCGAUUUACGCCACACUGGCGCAUGCUCCGAGCUUUCAGGUGUUGUCUAGGAGGAAGUCGCAGAUUGAGAAAUUCACCAGCAUACCAAGAUGGAUCGCACCGCGUGGAACACUCACCGAAGAUACCACCUUAGAGCCGAUCCUUCGUUAUUUGCAGCGUGCAGGACCAGCGCAGAUUGGUUUCAAGCAUAAUCCCGCACCCUUGCUGCGUCGUUACUUCACUACGUUCGAGGGCGCCAGGAAAUUUGUGGAUACCGAGUUCAAUCGCACAGUUGCUGGGUUCACACCUAACUUAAGGAUUUUUGACCAUCUUAUCAACCCGUUCGCUUUCCCUCUAAUUCUUAGGCUUGUCCCUUCUGGCUCUGGCAAAAUUUGUUUUCUCAAGGUGCAGGAUCAGGGUGUUUUGCCUCUCUCUCAGGGUACAGGACCCGGUGUACAGGAUCCUCAUCUUCAAAAGAUACAGGUAUGAAAGGAGAGGGGGCUGGAAGGGGAUACGGAGAGGAACAGGCGGGGACUAGAUACUCUUACUAGGGGAAAGAGAUGAGGAGCACUUCUAGGUGAAGAAUGUGGUCGUGAUCCCGGUUUUGCCGUCUUCUUCAAAAGAUAACAGGUUACAGGGGUUUCUCCUGUUACCGUCUGUUUUGCCUCUCUCUCCCCUAGGAACAAGAGAAAAGCACAACAACGAGAAACGGGAUCGAUAUGGAAAUCGAGAUCUUACCUCUAAGAACUAACAAUCCCGCCAGCAGCGAUGCCGAGGCUUUGAAAGCCUUAAGUGGUAUCCAAUACGUCAGGCUGUCAGACUUCCGCAAAGAGUGCUCCACUACACCUUCUGGCGUUAAAGGGGCGUCGCAACAACGGUGGAGACUGUUGUUAAGGCUCAAUAGAAAUACUGUCAGACCACGUCUCUACGGUCACCAUGAACGGUGAUAACAGGGACAAUAGCAUGCAUCUGAUAAUUGAUAUCAUUAGUCCUAGGUUAAUUGGUUACGGGAUUGAAAGGUUUUGCUUGAUUGAGGAAGUAUAGAGUGCUUCGGUCUUCCUCGGUCCAUCUCGUCAUUAUCAAGGCUCCCUAGGCCUUCGUAGGAUGGGGAGAAAUGCAGGCAAGGAAUGCAUUGCUUUGCGCUCUAAUGUUACCAGAGAAUUUGCAGCCGUCCGCUGCGGACUUCACCGGACUCACUCAACCGGUUAUAUCCGGAAUAAGUAUGCGCAGUACGGCAGCCUCAAGCUCGUCCUUAACCUCAACCUCAGAUUCUGCGCCUUCUCCAUCGAAAGGAGAUGUCUCUGCGACUUCGUCCUCUAAAGGAGGUGCAGCAGAAACAGAACACCAAAAGCUGGCUCAGUUCCAGGGGGAGUUUGCGAAUCCUCUAGUGAGACUCCGAGACUUGUUGCUAGAAACUCCAGAUGGGGGAGCCACCUCUACUUUGUUUGAUCUUUUCUCUGAGCGAAGUGACUUGGGUGAGGAAUCUUUAGCACCGUUCGACUGCUUAAAUCCCUAUGGUUUUUACGUUUUGAAAUUACGUGGGAAUCCUUACCGCGCACGUGCUGUUUCUGUAACCGAAGAACUUCUGUUAUGGGUGUCGUGAAUUCAUCGCCUAAGUCAUCUGGAAGAAGAAAACCAGAAGAAGAAGAGAGCCAGACGAUUCCUGAGAUGAAUUCCCUACGCCUCUAAUCCUAAACCUGACUGGAGAGAAGAACCCUCAGGCUCAGAAGAUUCAUCAACAUAUAUAUACUGAUACUGAAGAAGAUGUUUACUACCUGCUGCUUGACGACUUCGUUCCGAUUGAGAACGUUAUGGCUAGAAGUACCGCUGAAGCAUCCUGCCUCCUGCAUCAACAUGAUCCUUGAUCUUGGCCUUCUUGAUCAUUGGCCUAAGGCUUCUUGAUCAUUGGCCUAAGGCUUCUUGAUCCUUGGCCUAAGGCUUCUUGAUCCUUGGCCUAAGGUUUCUUGAUCCUUGGCCUAAGGCUUCUUGAUCCGUGGCCUAAGGCUUCUUGGUCCUUGGCCUAAGGCUUCUUGAUCCUAAAGGAAGUGUCUUCCAAGGAUAUUGUUGCUCUCAAAGAGGAAGAUGCGAACGGUCCUGAAGUGCUCUAAGAACGGUCCUGAAGUAAUGCAGCCGGAGAACGUGAAGGACGGGCAUUUCUUAGGAGAUCCAAAGCCGAAGCCGAAGCCGAAAAUGGAUCCCGGUUUCAAUUUUGGAGAGAGUGAAUUGGCGUAUCCACUUUUACUCACAAAAGCCUGCAUGAAGCUUCACAUAAGGCUUUCCGGAAUUCAUCUCAUCUCUUAGUUACUUAUUCAAAGCAGAAGCGGAUAUAAUGGCUUGAAGAGUCAAAAGUAGUCAAUACUCAUACAUCAAGGGGAACAACUUUUAACUAUUAUAAGCUGUAACUAUGUUUGACGUUGUACAACUGCUGUUUUCCUAGGUCAGUCCCUCCAAUCAAUGACGUAUUGGCGUUUUCAAGGGGAAUUAGCGUCAAAGAUGAGACUCUCUAGCUGGGAAUUUACGUAAGCUCUAAUUCACGGAUCGGCUUGGAACCUGCAAAAUUUGCGCGGCCUGGGCAUGGACACAGUCUACUGCUUGUUGGGACGACAGUAGCUUCUUUUUUGAACAUGGAGAACUAUUUACUGCUUGAUGGGUUGACAUUAGAAGUUACAAAAUCAAAAAAAAAGUUAGUCAUGAGGAGUUACCUCGAUGAAUGGCUGAACUCGUCUACUUGAUUGUGAUGUUUUAGGAUUAUGUUGAUCAAAGACCACUAAUGGUGUAACUGACAUACGGUCGCAGAUAGUGGUGUAACUGGCAGACAUUAAGAGUGGGCACCUUCGUUCAUUCAUCCACUACCUAGUUUUUUCUGGAACUAUCAGUGGAGAACUCUGGAUCUCAAGGAUUUUCUGGAAUUAUUUGUUGAGAACAUACUGGACCUGUUCGCUGCUCGAAAACAUACUCUAGAUACCAACGAGCUGACUUUUACUGUUGGAGACGACGAAGAGUGAACUUUUUUCUUAGAUGAUAUUUAUGUAUCUAAGUAUGUUGUCAUUGAGUUUUGUAGCUGCUACGUCGUGGUUCUAGUGAGUGAAUGAAUUGAAAAUUGUUCUAGUGUAAAGUCAGUGCUGCGUGAUCGAGAGUUCAGUAUUGUUAUCAGGUAGAUCGAGGCUAGCUGGCGUGCUGGCAGGCUGGCUUUUCAAGCUGGCGUUGUGUAACCUUUUUGAUUGUUUAAAUUCCUGGCUUUUUAGGCUCUUCUCCAGUAAAUUCUCUUUUCGAUGAGCAGGCAUGUCAUACCCUUGCAGGUUGUAGCACUUGCUUCCAGGGCCCUACAUUGUUAGGCUGUGCCUUAGUUGUUCUUCAGCGGCUAUUGUAAUAUAGUCCUCUCCGAUAGUAGUAGUUUUUGGCCGUUGUGAUACGGUUUUCUUGCUCUCCCGGUAUAAAAGUUUUUAAAUGGGGUUUUUUAAGUAGUUGAAUGGGAGGCAGCAUGUAGUCCGAUGGAAAAAAAAAACGUAAACUACGUCCAAUAGGAGACACGAAGCUCGCGAGACGAAUUGAAUCGAGACGCACAGGUAGAAAAGUAGUCUGUCACUGUUGCUACGUCAUCACUGAAGAAACAUUCAUCGCGGAAAAACAGCAGAUGAAUUAUCAAGAAAAAUAUACUGUGAAAAACCACAGAUGAUUCACAUUCACCAAGAAACAUCAAGAAAAUAUAGAUAUACCUGAAAAACCACAGAUGAUUCACAUUCCUUCGUCAAGUUUAAAAACGAG